GGCGCUCGGAGAUCAGGGAUCGCUAGUUCUGACAUCUUCUCCUUCGAGGUCGAAAUCUUAAUUGAGAAGCAAGAUCGUGUUUAAGCAGCCAUGGCCAAGCAUCAUCCUGAUUUGAUCAUGUGCCGCAAACAACCUGGCAUUGCUAUUGGGCGAUUGUGCGAGAAAUGCGAUGGAAAAUGCGUCAUAUGUGAUUCCUAUGUCCGCCCUUGUACUCUGGUUCGGAUUUGCGAUGAAUGCAACUAUGGUUCGUUCCAAGGACGGUGUGUCAUAUGCGGAGGAGUUGGAAUUUCAGAUGCUUACUACUGCAAAGAGUGUACACAACAGGAGAAAGAUAGAGAUGGUUGUCCUAAGAUUGUCAAUCUUGGCAGUGCGAAAACUGAUCUGUUCUAUGAACGUAAGAAAUAUGGAUUCAAAAAACGAUGAUGAUCGUUGGUUGCUCCAGCUAUUGAUCUUUAUUAUUGCUAGGAAAGUGUCUGUACUUGUCUUGUUUGUGUUAAGGAAAUUUUAUCCAGGGAAGAAAUUUAAGACAUGGAAAGGAUUAUCUUUUGUUGAUUAGUUGGCCUUGUUACCUUGCUAUGGUUGGUUAAUGUCUCUGAAGUGGUUGUGAAUAAUGUUAUUGUUCCUCA